AUGGCCAAGCUGCGGGAAGACCUCCUAGGCGCGGACCCGUACCUAGUGGCCGGGCACCUGGAGCUGGCCUCAGGCUGGCUUCACUCCGACUCGGCGGUUCGAGCAUCGCUGAGGCAGGCCGCGACAGCCUCCGAGAAGGAGAAGCAGGCCGCCGCCAGAGCUGCGGCCGACCGCGAGGCGGCGCUGAAGGACGCCGAGGCCACCCACGACCGCUUCCGAGAUCUAGAGGGCAAGCUAAAGAGGAUGCACGACGAGCGCGCAGAAGAAGCACGCGACCGCGAAGCGAAGGAGGAGGAGAUGAAGGCUCGCGAGGAUGCCAUCAAGGGCCACGAUGCUGAGCUGGGGGAGCUGACGAAGGCGCAGGCCGCGGAGCACAGUCGACUGGAGGAACUGGAGCAGAAGGCGAAGACGAGGGAGGCUGAGCUCGAUGCCAAGGUGAAGGUCCUGGCCAAAGACCGUGAGGCCUUCUCGCUUCUUGCGAAGAGGUCCAGCGUGGCGCUGAAGUCACUGUACGAGAAGGGCCUGGAGAAGCCGCUGACCACCGACGAGGAUGGCCCUGCUCAGCUGCUUCCCCACUUGGUGAAGGCGUUUGAGGAAGUCGUGGAGGGCAUCGGCCCUAUGGCUGAGGCGGAGGCUUGUGUCCUUUCUUCGGCUGCGCUGACGCGGUCUUCAGCCAUUUGCCUCAUGGAGGUGUUAAAACUUCCAUUUGAUAUUGUGAGCACAAUAUGUCUUGGUGGCUUGGGCUGUGACCAACGGGGCAAGACGGCGGCUAUAACGGCGGCAGCGGUGGCGACGGCGGCGCCGUCGUCGGGGGGUGGGGGAGGGGGCGGUGGAGGCGGGUGCCUGGAUUGCCUGCAGGAUGUGGUGAGGGCGCUGGCGAUUGGGUCGUGCCUGCCGGCAGACCAGCGGCCGAUCGAGGUGGCGGCCCUACCCGGGAAGGUGGGAGGAGGCAGGAGGAGGGGGGAGGAGGCCCCCAGGAGGAUUGCUUGGACUGGGUCUGGCAAUGUGGCCUGCCUCUUCACGCGGCAGGGGAAGAAGGGCACCAACCAAGACGCCAUGGUCGCGUGGGAGAACUUCAAUGGGAGAUCAGACACAGUAUUUUGUGGAGUUUUUGAUGGUCAUGGUCCACAUGGCCAUCUCGUCGCGCGGAAAGUAAGAGAUACUCUCCCUUUGAAGCUGUGUGAUUUGAUAUAUGAUGACUAUGGGGAGAGCCCAACCAGCAAUUCAGAUGGAUCAGUUUUAGAAGAGAGUUUAUCUCCAUACCCAGAUGCAGAGGACAAGUCUCCCACAUUCACCGCACAGAAAGAAGAACAUCUAGAAUUCUUUGACUCAAUGAAAGAGUCUUUCCGAAAAGCUUUUAGAGUUAUGGAUAAGGAGCUUAAAUUACAUCGGAACAUAGAUAGCAUUUGCAGUGGAACUACCGCAGUUACUUUAAUUAAACAGGGUCAGGAUCUUAUUGUCGGGAAUCUAGGUGACUCUAGAGCUGUAUUAGGCACUAGAGAUCAGAACGGUCAUUUGGUUGCCCAUCAGUUGACAGUUGACCUGAAACCUGAUCAUCCAAGAGAGGCUAGGAGGAUCAAGCGAUGUAAUGGACGGGUCUUUGCUCACCAGGAUGAACCAGAUGUGGCUCGCCUUUGGCUUCCUAACUGCAACUCUCCAGGCCUAGCAAUGGCACGAGCUUUUGGUGAUUUUUGUCUAAAGGAUUUUGGGCUGAUCUCUGUACCUGAGGUCACCUAUAGGCGAAUCAUGGAGAAGGAUCAGUUCAUUGUCCUUGCCACUGAUGGGGUGUGGGAUGUUCUGUCCAACCAGGAAGUGGUGGAAGUUGUUGCCUCAUGCUCUGGCCGUUCUGGCGCAGCCCGUGCUGUUGUUGAUCUAGCAAAUCAGACCUGGAAAUUCAAGUACCCAACCUCCAAAACGGAUGACUGUGCAGUGAUCUGCCUUUUCCUGAGCAAAGAAGCCGAUGCGGGUGGGCUAUCAGGGCUGUCUGUUGCUAGCAAGGGAAUUGGAUCUAGUCCAGGGAUGCCACCGCGAUUAAGGACCCCCCAGCACUUCAGUAAAAGGGUAAUUCCAGAGGAUGCCGAUGAUGAAUGUGACCCAAAUAUAAGUGGAGAUGAGAGGUCAUUGGAGGGCUUCACCCGGUUGAACACGCUUUUGACACUACCAAAGUUUGGUGAUACAAGUCCAACCAAGAAAUGAAGUUUUACUGAUAUUGAUGUGGGAGUCUGCAGUUAGCAGGCACAUUCGCUGAUGUUUUGGAGAUGAGAGCCUUAUUGGCUAUAGAGAGAAGUGCAUAUUUCAAUCAUGAACUCUUGCCCUAAUUUAAUUUACAACCCCGAACUUUAAUACCGUCUAAAUUACAACCCCCAAGUCUCAAAAUCGGGUAGGAUUCAACCCUCCCCUCUCUGUUGACCGGUUUUGACCUGGGGUGACCAGUUUUGACUAGUCAACGGGUCCAAUCAGCAUGCCACGUCAGAUUUUUUUUUCAAAAUUUCAAGAAAAAGUAAAUAAAAAUCUGUAAGAUUAGGAAAAAAAUAUAAAAAAGCAAAAUUCCAAAAAAAUUGUUCGCGAAAAAAGCUAGGGAAAAUAAAAAAUGAUUUUUUUUCUGGAAAUAUUUUUUUUUCUGGAAUUUGAGUUUUUGGGUUUUUUCUGGAUUUUUUUGGAAAUUUGUUUUUUUUUAUUUUCCGUGUUUUUCAGAAAUUGGAUUUCUUAUUUCUUUUCCUGUAUUUUCUUUGAUUUUACAAGUUGUUUCCUUGGAAAUUUUGCAUUUUUUGCUGAUGUGGCAUGCUGACUGGACCUGUUGACUGGUCAAAACCGGUCAACCAGGUUAAAACCGGUCAACAAAGAGGGGAGGGUUGAAUACUGGCCGGUUUUGAGAGUUGGGGGUUAUAGUUUAGACGGUAUUGGAGUUCGGGGUUGUAAAUUAGACUAGUCCAAAAGUUCGGGGUUGAAAUAUGCACUUCUCUCUUGGCCAUAUCAGCAUGCCCGGUGAGCUCGUGUCCGAAUGUCGGUUUACUCUUAAGGAUGAGUAGGGUUACUGUUUUAUGUAAAUCCUAACUCUCAUUGUGCAACAUGCGUUGGGAGGCAAGUUUCAGUUUGUUUCGAGUCGGCUUUGCCUUUCUUGCAUGUUCAAGCUGAGUUUAUAUAUAUGUUAAUACGAUGUACGUGCUCGGUUUUCUACGUGAA